AUGUUUAUAAUUUUUUUAAUCUAAGCUAUUUACUCGUUAAAUGAGGAGAACUUUUUAUGUGGACUACGCCUAUUUUAUGAAUAAUAAACAUUCUUUUUAGUUGAUUAAUAGAAUGAGAAGUAAUAUAUUUAUUUAAUUGCUGAGUACGAUGCCUUAUAUACUAACUAGCCAAUCACCUCAUUUUGCAUUAGAUAUCUAAUAAAGUUAUAAAUCUUCAUAAAGUUUGAACAAUAACUCUUAUUUCUUGGUGGGAUUUACUGAUGCUUACAUUUUUGCAGGCAAUGCUAGUGAAAUUUAAUGGUUAUCAAUCUAGGAGUUCAAAGUAAAAUAAAAUAGAACCACUGCUUCUGUUCAUCUUUAUAACGGUUAUAAUGGCUAUUUUGUUGAUAAGGAAGAAGAUGGAGGUCAUUUAUUGAUAUCCAAAGAAAAUUUAGUGAGAGAAUUUUCUUUUGGUAAAACGGAUGCUGUAGAUAAAUUUUAGAAUAUGGGCUUUAUUUAUAUUGUAUCAUGGGGAGGUAAAGGGGAUCCUAUGUUGAUUUUAAAACGGUUUGUACAUUUAGUUAAUCAAUCUGAAGACCAAGAAUAUUGUUAAUAAAAGGUCGCUUCAAUUUCAUUAGAAUAAAUUAAAUGUAAUUUAGAUAAUAAUUUUGAACGCUUAACCUUUCAUACUCCUGAUCUCUAUCAUCCUCCAAUACAUUAUCAUCUUGGAAAUGAAAUAAUAAAUGGGUCAUUAGAUAAUGAAUAUUUUACAAAAAAUUAUCCAGGACUUUAAGUAUUUGUUGCUUAAAAUUUAAAUAAUAAAGUACUUGAAUUGAGAAUACCUAUUAAAAAUAUGGAAACUCAUUAAUAAACAAUUGAUUAUCCUUAAAGUGGAUUAAUUGUGACACUUUAAUAAGAAAAUAGAGGAUUUAUUCAUGUUCUAAUUUUUGAAAGUGAUGAAGGGAUUGUAAUCAAUUACAAAGAAGAUGAAAAUCUAGCUUAUAUAACUAUUGGUAUGACUGACUCAAAAGUCUUUGUUUUUUCAUUUGUUACUUCCUAAUUUAUGAAAUUUCCUUCAAUUGAUUUGAUUGAACAUGUAUUUUAAGAUUGUGUAUUUAUCAUUCACUAAAGGAAUAAUGUGUGUGAAAAUGCUCAAUAACAAUGUUCUGAUAUUUCAUUAAGCUUUUUUAAAAAAUUUCCAUUUGAUUUGCACUCUGAUUAAUUAAUUAAAUUCAAAUCUAAUGGUUAAUUUUAGGAUACUCCAUUUGUUGAAAUGUUUGAUAAUAUAACAGUUGUUUAGAAUGAUUUUACAAUUUUAUUUUCAUCUGAAAUUAAUAAUAGAGAAAUGAAUCAUGGAGGAUAUAUUGGGUCACUUCUUAAAAUUACUUAUAAACAAUAAAGUAUUAAUUCUUUAAUAAUUAAUGAACAAAAUGAAAAUUUAGAAGUAUUUUAUAGUAUUAAUGAUAAUGUUUGUAAGUUUAUUCAUUAUAAAUUUAGAUUCUCAUUACAUUUAAAAUAUUAUUGGAAGAACCUAUGUUUUAGUAUUUACAUCUUAAAAUGAAUUAACAGAUAUUUAAUGUUUAUAAUUGUUUAGAGAAUUCAUUGAUCAUAUUUAAAAGACAUUUAUAAUUUAAUAGAGUAAAUUAUUAAUGAUAAUUUUAGUUGAAGAUCAUUGUGAAGCUUAAUAAAAAUAUUAUGAUGUUAAGCCAAUUUAGUAUAAAGAAAUACAUAAAUAAUUAAAGUAGCCAACAGAAUUGAUAUAAACUGUUUAAGAAGAUUAAUUUGACUAAAAUGAUUUAGAAUAUUCUACAGCUGAGGAAGAAAUAAAUUAAAAUGAAAUCGAUAUAAAUUAAGAAGAACCAAGAUACUUUAGUGAAGCAAUGUUAAUACCAGAAGAAAGCCAUCCAGAAUCUUAAUAAAAUGAAGAUUCAGUAGUAAACUAAAAUUCAAUAGUUCAAUAGCCAUUUAAAAAAGAAGAAUUUGAUAAUUAUAAAUAAUAAUUAUAAGAAUAAUAAGAGAAAGAGUAACAAGAAUAAUAAUAAUAAUAAUAAGAAGAAUAAUAAUAAUAAUAAUAAUAAUAAUAAUAAUAAUAAUAAUAAUAAUAAUAAUAAUAAUAAUAAUAAUAAUAAUAAUAAUAAUAAUAAUAAUAAUAAUAAUAAUAAUAAUAAUAAUAAUAAUAAUAAUAAUAAUAAUAAUAAUAAUAAUAAUAAUAAUAAUAAUAAUAAUAAUAAUAAUAAUAAUAAUAAUAAUAAUAAUAAUAAUAAUAAUAAUAAUAAUAAUAAUAAUAAUAAUAAUAAUAAUAAUAAUAAUAAUAAUAAUAAUAAUAAUAAUAAUAAUAAUAAUAAUAAUAAUAAUAAUAAUAAUAAUAAUAAUAAUAAUAAUAAUAAUAAUAAUAAUAAUAAUAAUAAUAAUAAUAAUAAUAAUAAUAAUAAUAAUAAUAAUAAUAAUAAUAAUAAUAAUAAUAAUAAUAAUAAUAAUAAUAAUAAUAAUAAUAAUAAUAAUAAUAAUAAUAAUAAUAAUAAUAAUAAUAAUAAUAAUAAUAAUAAUAAUAAUAAUAAUAAUAAUAAUAAUAAUAAUAAUAAUAAUAAUAAUAAUAAUAAUAAUAAUAAUAAUAAUAAUAAUAAUAAUAAUAAUAAUAAUAAUAAUAAUAAUAAUAAUAAUAAUAAUAAUAAUAAUAAUAAUAAUAAUAAUAAUAAUAAUAAUAAUAAUAACAACAACAUAAAUAAAUUUAUUAAAGUAAAAAAGAAGAAUUAGAUUAAAAGUCAAGAUAAAACGAAAUUCUAAAAAAAAAAUAAAAAUCUUAAUCAGAUACUGAGGAAGGAAAUAAUAUGAAAGAAUCUUAAAAUUUAAGAAAACAACAAUAAUUAUAAAAAAUAGAAAAGGAAAUUUUGAAAGAAGAGAUAGAAUAACAAUUGUAAAUUUAAAAGGAAUAGUAAUUUCAAAAAACAUUUCAUCAAAGGGAAAAAAGUAGAGAAGAAUAUUAUAGCAAAGGAGAUAGAUAUUUAAAAUCAGAAUAUUAGGGAAGAGACUAUAGGAGAAGGGACGACGAUUAUGGGAGAGAAGAUGUUUAUUCUGGAAGGUAUAGCGCUAGAAGAGGACCUCCUUUAACUGGCUAGAGUGUUACAAUACCAAAAAAUCCAAACGACUAAGAGUUAGGAAGAUUCUUCAGAGAAGUUAUUAGCAAAUUAUAGUAUAAUAUAGUAUAUUAAUUAAGUAUUUAUUCAGAUCCAUGUGAUGCAAAAUCUACAAACUAUAAUCCAGAAAAUUGUGAGGCAGAUAAUUAUUAUGGUUCUUCUUCAAUAAAAAGGACAGAGCCAAGACAAAGAGAUUUUUAUAGAAGUGCUUAUAAAUAUGAUAAUAAAUAUGAAUAUAGAGGUAUUUAUAGACAUUUAUUUAGCCUGUAUCACUGUAUAUUCUAAAUGCUAAUUUCAAGGGGAAUCUUUAUAACUUUGUGGCCAUUAAAGGAAUAUACCAAAAUCAUAAUUAUUUUUAGAUAUUUUAUCAAUUAGAGCUGAUGAAAAUUAUAUUGUUGAAUUUUAUAUGAAAGGAAGAGAUGGAAGAUCAGAAUUAUAUACAUUAAAAGGUACUUAAAAAUGUCUCAAGUCUCCAUUAAGGGUUGAUUGGCUAUUACAAUGA